AUGGGCACAAGAAUUACACAAAGCCCAGAUGCAUUUGUUGAUGAUAUGAUCAAACAUCUAAAAGCCCAACUUACGAGACUCUACCAACUUGAUGCCCGGAAGGUCGUCGUGGGAAAUGAAUUAAAUGAAAAUCUUGAAGGAGCCACUUUUGUGCUUGCCAAUGUGUAUGAUCUUGUCAUGGAACUCAUCACCAACUAUGCAAAAUACGGAUUUACAAGCGCGAGCAAAGCAUGUUGUGGCGAUGGGGGCCCGUAUGCUGGGAUAGUACCGUGUGGACCUGCUUCGAGCAUGUGUAAGGAUCGAGACAAAUACGUGUUUUGGGAUCCAUACCACCCUAGUGAAGCUGCUAAUGUCAUCAUCGCCAAGCAGCUACUUGAUGGAGACGCAGGAUACGUAUCUCCUAUUAAUAUACGUGAGCUUUGGAAUCUUUAA